AUGAGUUUUACUUUUUCCGCCCAUAGUUCUUUAUCGGGAGUUAGGACCCCUUCGUCGUCUUCCUGGGAUGAAAGGGAUACUCCCCCUGCAAGCAACGGCCAUUCACCGAGUGUACCACGAUCACUCGUAAGGACUUCCCCGCCACCGAUCUCUCGGUUCCAGGGUCUGAAUAUUGCGAAUCAAAUCAAACCUGCGACUGCUUCGGGGACUUCUCAACGUGAUGCGUCUCAACUAACUCCUAGUCGGUCCACCUCAACUUAUGCAGACCAGCACAAUGCCUCCCCAAGCCCAGCUCCUUCACGCGUCACGGCCUCUCGCAUCAAUCAAUCCCAAGAUCGACAGAGCUCAACAUCAUCCCGUCCUACCUUGUUUUUUGCUGCACAUGAGGGUCGAGCUAAGUCGUUGGCAUCUGAACCCCGCACUGAAAAUAUCCAAGUGCCUGGAGCAUACCCUGAAAGUUUGCACUCUCCAGAUGAAAUCAUACGACCAGUUCCUAAGGUGCGGGGGAAAGGGAAGCAGAAUUCCAUUCGCGAAGAGCCCCUUCCUAAAGUUCCAAUCUAUGACAGUCGCCUCCAAAUCCAACUCAAGGAGCUGAAAGGCAGCCUGGCCAAUCUUGCCACCAGCAUACGUUCCUCCGCGCUAGUGCAUGAUCAAAGCUCCAGUUUAUACUCUCAUUAUCAAAGGGUGCAGAAAGCCAGCAAGUUUGUAUAUCCUGAAUCUCGGACAGUGGGAUUCAUUGGCGACUCGGGAGUUGGCAAAAGCUCUCUAAUCAAUUCACUCUUGGAUCAAGGAGGUCUAUCGCGCUCGAGCAGUGACGGAGCAGCAUGCACCUGUGUAGUCACAGAGUUCAGACACACAGAUGACGCCCAUACCGGCCCGUUUACCGUGGAGGCGGAGUUUAUGACCACCGUAGAAAUGAAGGAACUCUUGGAGGAAUUGCUCUUAAAUUUUCGACAGUUCUACGUUUCUUCAGCUUAUCGCGAGCUUCAAGGAGAAGAAGCCCGACGACAAUGUCGAGAUGCCGCCGAGCGAGCCUGGGAAACGUUCCAGUCUUUAUUCCGUAGCCAGCCAAGGUUAACUAUGGAUUUUCUAUCUGAAGAUAAAGAUGGUGCGUAUGAAGCAAUUCUCUAUGAGUUAGAGCGGUGGGCAUAUGCUGGUUUGACUCACCGACCGGGUGGAAACGAUGCGCUUGAUUACUCUGCUAUUGCCGGCGAUCUCAGGGAGUGUAAGGAAUUGCUCGAUAUGCUCACAGCGGAUCACCAAGAGGGUGAUGCUGCCUAUGCUGAGGAUACCAGGGUUUAUCUCAAUUCGCCUGUUUUACGAACUGGCCUGGUGUUGGCUGAUCUUCCUGGAUUCCGAGACCUGAACUUUGCAAGGGAAGUAUCAGCUGAAGAAGUUGCUCGCGUCAAAGAUUCAGACGGUCGGCGCGUUAAACAGAUGAAUCAGGAUAUUGAGAUGAUCAGAAAUAGUAUCGAAGAGACCGAAAUUGCUCGACAAAAUGCAGAUGAGCGUCAGAAAGCAGAUUUUGCUCUCCGGGAAUCACGUCUGCGUGACCGAGAAAAGAGGCUGAAUUUUGAAGUCACACAAUUUUUGAUUACCCGAAGAAAUACCAAAAUAUCUCGAGAACUUUUGAGAAAACAUGAAGAUAUCAGAGUAUUUUGCGUCAGCAACACACUAUACACAACACAUCGUGCGAGUCGAACCCAACAAGCUGAGGAAUAUGUUAAUUUGACCGGGAUCCGAGAGCUUCGUCACUACUGUCAGCGUGUUCCUGCAGAGGCUCAACUGCGUGCCACCAGCGCCUUUCUAAAUCUCGAAGUACCCACACUCCUACUGUCCUUACGACAGUGGGCCUUGUCUGGGGCCGAUUCUGUGACGACGGAGAAGGCUAGGACACUGCGCGAACUUCUAGGUAAUGUGGAAGAAAUUCUUCGUCGGGAUUUUACCUCACCUCAAGGUCACAUGGCUCGAAUAAAAGACGGACUGAGAAGUCUUUACAACGCAUCAAUCAAUCAAUCUGCCAGAAGCUAUCGGGAUGAAUGGAAAAAUAAAAGCAUCGUGACCAGCUCUGAAUGGGCUUCUUGGCAUCAUUCCACGUACACAGCCUAUUGCGCUCACUUCGGGACUCACUCUACGGCCCAACAGCGUGAUCGCUCUUGGAAUGAUGAGUUAAUAAGUCCGACUCGCGAUCAUUUAUACCCCCAAUGGGAAGCGCUCUUAGAAUGGCUGGAAUUACAGAUAGAUAGUUCAGGCCAAGAUACUGCCGCCACUUUUCAGGAAGUUUCCAGGCAACUUACGCCGCACAUUGAAAUUGCACCUCGUGCCCUUGAAAAUCUUCUUCGCAGCAUCCUCUCCAGAAAGGAUUAUAUCAAUCAUCAUAUUGAGGUCUCGAUGAAAAGCCUCAUUGCUAAAACAGAUCUCAUCAAAACCGAUAUGAUUUACGGCCAUGACAGCUCAUUUAUCUCUAAUCUAAUGCGGCCAGCUUAUAUUUCAUGUCAAAGAGAAUAUGGAACCGGUAGUGAUCGAAGGCGGAAGAACAUCAUGCACAACCAUCUUCAAUGUUCGAGCCUUUUCAAUAAUCUUUCUCGGGUUACGCUGGAGGAAUACAGGAAGAUAAUGAUGGCUUGCUUCGAAACUUUGCAGGCCAAUAUAAAUCAGGAGGUUGAGACUAUUGCACGGGACUGUCAUUCUGUUGUCACAGAUGCAGGUCACAUCCCUGAGGCCCAACAAGAUCCCGAAUUAGCACGAACACUGGAACUGGAGAUCAAUAGAGUAGAGGAGACUUUGGUUAACUCUCAGAAUGUGAUGGAAGUGGUUUCGAAGGAACAUGAACACGAACCAAGCUCUUGA